AUGGAUCACGAGGCGUUAAGAAAGUUAGUGGAUGACGUGCUGCGUUCCCUGAAAAGCUUGGGCAGGCUGAUCAAGUCGAAUCUCAUUAGCGAUUGGAAGGAUCACAUCUCGGCAGGUGAAAUGCUCACCCUAAGGCAAUUUACCGACUUUCUAUCACAAAAGUGUAAAACGAUGUCAAUCGUGUCUAACAAGGCCGUCAAUGACGCAGCAACGUCGAAUCCACGUAAAUCUAACAAGAUUUCUAGUGCCCAUGUAUCCAUUUUCAAUGUCUGUUGUGCUUAUUGCAAGGGAAAACAUCACAUUUUUCAAUGUCCGAAUUUUUUAAAGUUGUGUGAAGAUAGGAACAAACAAGUUAGAGUCAGACGGUUAUGUCUCAACUGCCUACGCUCCAUCUCUCAUCAAGCCAAGGAUUGCAAGUCGUCUACAUGUCAAACAUGCAGCAAGAAGCACAACAUGUUGCUUCACAUGCAGGACAAAUCGCAGGUGGAGACAGAAUCCACGACCCAGCCCAGUCAAGCAAGCAAUUCUGGUACAGUUGUUUUAACGCAUCACGUCGCUCCAGAUAAGUACCAACAGGUUAUAUUAUUAUCCACAGCAGUCGUUAAUAUUUAUGAUCAGCAUGGCAAUACACAUACUUGUCGAGCAUUAUUGGAUUCAGGGUCUCAAUCCAAUUUUAUCACUGAUAGCCUUGCCAAAGGGCUGAAUCUCGUUCGGAAGCGAGCCAAUAUGUCCGUCACAGGAAUAGAUAAAUCCCAAACGUACUCUGAACACCUGGGUUGGAUUGUUGGUGACAAACCAUACAAUGAUGGUCCAGUAAGGUCCGAGAUUUGCACCUUGUCAGUCGAUCAACAGAUCAGUCAAGCAGUAAGCAAGCUUUGGGAAAUGGAGCUCAUCACCAACGAAGUAUCAUUUAAUCCUGACGAAAGGGACUGCAUGGAGCACUUUGCUAAAACUACCACAAGGAAUGCAGAUGGGCGGUUCGUCGUAAGAAUGCCUAUCAAGCUGCAACAACUCGGUGAAUCUCGCGAUACAGCACAGAACAGAUUUCUCAGUCUAGAGCGUAAAUUGCAGAAGCAGCCGAUGCUGAAGGAUCAAACGCAUCACAAUCGAGCGCACGCUCCGCGCUAUUACAUACCGCAUCAUGCUGUAUUGAAGGGCAGCAGUUUAACUAUCAAACUACGUGUGGUGUUUGAUGCGUCGUGCAAGAGCAACACCGGAAUUUCGCUCAACGAGUGCCUCUCAGUAGGACCCACCCUGCAAGAAGAUCUGUUCUCGAUCUUGCUACGUUUUCGUACGUUUCAGUAUGUCAUUACGGCUGAUAUCGCCCAAAUGUAUCGGCAAGUAUUAAUAGAUGAGUCGCAAACAUCACUUCAAACAAUUUUUUGGCGAGCCGAUCCAACCGAAGAAGUAGCAGCAUUUGAACUGAAAACCGUGACAUAUGGUACAGCAUGUGCAUCCUUUCUGGCUGUGAGAGCGAUGCAGGAGUUAGCCAGCAUAUAUGCGUCGAUCUAUCCGGUGGGUUCAAUCACUAUCGUCAACGAUUUUUAUGUCGAUGAUCUAUUGUCUGGAGCCGACACGGAGCAAGAGAUUAGAACCCUACGGAACGAAACCAUCAAGAUAUUAAGCUCGGGAGGUUUCCAUCUCAGGAAAUGGGCGUCUAAUUACCCCAAACUAUUACAGGACAUACCCCACGCUGAUAUUUGCGAGCCCGUUCACUUCAUCAAUACUGACGAAGAGGUGUCUAAUCUACAUUAA